AUGAUCGUCGACAUCGCGCGCAUCACGCGGUACUUCACCGUCUUGGUGUUUAUUACCCAAUCGCAGCCGAAGUUCGACUCCCAAAACAAGGCGCGGCUCGUUUCGACCGUCACCAUGCCCCGGGUCCCACGCUCGGAUCUCGAGAGCUACCUCCGCGGGAUGCCAUUCCUGAACGCGAACGUGAACAGCUACGACGACGCGAUCGCGAGCGAGAUUAACCGGGAGAUCGGCGCCGGGAAGCGGGUUAACAGCAAAUCCCUCAUCGCCUCCAUCACGAAAUUGGUCGACGCGACGUUGGCCCGCUCGGAUGGGCGGAAUAUUCGCACCCUCAUCGUCACCGAGGGCGAUUCCGCCAAGGCGCUGGCCCUCAACUCGCUCAGCAGCGAACAGAAGAAGUUCUGCGGGGUCUUUCCCCUCCGCGGGAAGCUGCUGAACGUGCGGAAUAAAAAACUCAAGCGCCUCAAGACCUGCAAGGAGCUCCAGGACUUGUUUUUGGCAUUAGGACUGGAGCUUGGACGGGUCUAUCGCGAUCCGAGCGAGCUUCGGUAUCAGCGCAUUCUCAUCAUGACCGAUCAGGAUGCCGACGGGACGCACAUCAAAGGUCUUGUGAUUAACGCCUUCGAGUCCUUAUGGCCCCUGCUCCUACAGCGAAACCCCGGGUAUAUUUCGAUCUUCUCGACCCCGAUUGUGAAGAUUCGGGUCUCGGGCAAGUCCAAGGACCUGAUUCCGUUUUACAGCCUGAAGGAUUUUCAGAAAUGGCAGCGAAACAACCCGCAUAUUCGGUUUACGGCGAAGUACUACAAAGGCCUCGGCACCUCCACGACUGCGGAGGGGAAGGAGUAUUUCGCGAAUAUGGACCACAACGUGAUGCGGCUGGUGGUGGAGCAGAAGGACCACAAACUCCUCGACAGCGUCUUCGACUCUACCGAGGUGGAGUGGCGGAAGGACUGGAUGGCGAAAACCGACGCGUUUGACGCCGAGGUCGACAUCGAUCGGAGCAAAAAGACGCUGAAUAUUACGGACUUCGUGCAUAAGGAGAUGGUGCACUUCGCGCUGCUGGGGAACACCCGCGCGAUCCCGCACUCCGUGGACGGGCUCAAGCCCUCCCAGCGCAAAAUCCUCUGGGCGAUGUUCCGCCGCGGGGGGUCCGAGGCCUGCAAGGUCUCGCAGCUCUCCGGCUACAUCAGCGAGGCCUCCGCCUUCCACCACGGCGAGGCCUCCCUGCAGGAGACGAUGGUGAAAAUGGCCCAGAACUUCACCGGCGGGAAUAACCUCAAUCUGCUCGUCCCGGAGGGCCAGUUCGGCUCGCGGCAGCAGCUCGGCGGCGACCACGCCGCCCCGCGGUAUAUUUUCACCAAACUCUCCCGCUUCGCGCGGCUGCUCUUCCCCAGCGAGGACGACCCUUUGCUGGAUUACGUCGAGGAGGAGGGGGCGCUGGUGGAGCCCACGCACUUCGCGCCGAUCCUCCCCAUGUUGCUGUGCAAUGGCUCGGUGGGGAUCGGCUUCGGCUUCGCGACGAAUAUCCCUUCCUUUCACCCCCUCGACGUCUCCGCGGUGGUGCGGAGUAUGAUCCACGGCGAGCCCGCGCGGAUCGCCGUCAAACGGCUCGUCCCCUGGGCUGUCGGAUUUCAGGGGAAGGUCCGGCGAGGGCCGGAGAAAGAGUUCCGCGCCGUGGGAUCCUACACCGCCUACCGCGGCGGGCGCUUUCACAUCCGGGAGCUCCCCUGGACGAUGAGUAUUGAGGCCUUCCGACAGCACAUCUCGGGCCUGGCGAGCCAGGAUGUGGUGCAGCGCAUCGCGGACUACUCGGGCGCGAAUCAUAUCGAUAUCGACCUCUUUCUUCGCGAGGAAUGCGUCACGACCUGGGCGGAGGUCGAGAGCGAUCUCGCGCUCAACCAGAAAAUCUACUUGAACGCCACCGUCUUCUCGCCCAAUGGCGUGAUUGCGCCCCUCGAGGGGGAUUUGGCGCCGAUUCUGCAGUGGCACUACGACCGCCGCUUGGAUUUGUAUAAAAAACGCCGCACGCGAAAGCUCGGACUCCUCGAGUGCGAGCUCGCGCGACUCCAGUCCACUCGGAAGUUUGUCGAGCACUUCCGGAAGGGCAACAUUGACUUUACCAACGCCACCGACGAGACCCUGGAGCGGCUCUGCGCGAAACUAGGGAUGGUGAAGGUCAAUGAUGCGUACGACUACAUCCUGAAGUCCCCAAUCACCUUCUUUACACGGACUAGCCUCACGAAGCUCAGCGACGAUAUCGAGAAGGUCCGCCACAAUCUCGAGGAGUUGAAGAAACUCUCCCCGGUAAAGUUAUGGACGAACGAUUUAGACCAAUUCGACAAGGUCUAUAGGGAGUACGAGAACGUCUUCGUGAACUCGAUCCAGAAGGAGCAGCGCUCGAUCAAGACGACGGGGAUGGAGGAAUUGCCCUUACUUCAGCAGCCUGCGGGGACGAUGGAGCCUGGGGUGAAUGGGAACUCCAAGUCGGUCCCCACCUGCGUGCGGGCCUAUCAAUACCUUACCCCGCCGCCGAGUAAACGCACGAAAUCGGAAGGUGGAAAAGGCGGCUCCGGCGGUGGCGCCGCGGGCACGGCAUCGGCCGGAGUUGCCAAACGCCUGCGGAAUAUACGCAGCCGAUCCGUCAUCAAAGGGAAACGACGGAACGUGAAGAAGAUGCUUGCGGACUUCGCAGGGGCUCAGCUGGGAAAGCUGCUACGCCGAUUACCUCAAUUUAUUUUCUAG